UGACGUGAUACGGAGGUCCGCUCGGCUCAGUCGGACAGACAGCUCAGCGUUAGCCCGGCUUCCGGUGUAUGAGUCGGGGCUGCGCUGGUACCCAGUGACAGGAAGAGUAGUGUCGGCCCGGUCAUCUCAGCACCAUGAACACCGUUCUGUCCCGGGCCAAUUCCCUUUUCGCCUUCUCCCUCAGUGUGAUGGCCGCACUCACUUUCGGCUGCUUCAUCACUACCGCAUUCAAAGACCGAGUGGUGCCUGUGAACAUCCAUGUGUCCCGGGUCACGCUAGAGAAUGUGGAAGACUUCACCGGCCCAAGAGAAAGGAGUGACCUCGGAUUCAUCAUAUUUGAUAUAAAUGCAGAUUUGCAGCCAAUAUUUGACUGGAAUGUCAAGCAGCUGUUUAUAUAUCUGUCUGCAGAAUAUGCCACUAAAAGUAAUGCUUUAAACCAGGUUGUGCUAUGGGACAAAAUCAUCCUCCGGGGUGAUAACCCAAAAUUGUCUUUAAAGGAGAUGAAAUCAAAGUAUUUUUUCUUCGAUGAUGGAAACGGUCUGAAGGGAAAUCGGAAUAUAACACUGACCCUCUCCUGGAAUGUUGUCCCAAAUGCCGGAAUCCUUCCUUUGGUCACUGGAUCAGGCCAUAUUUCUGUUCCAUUUCCUGAUACCUAUAAAACCACAAUGAACUAUUAAGUUAUUGCAAUGUUUUCCUAACUUGAUUUUUUUAUAUAUUUGGUCCUGUACAUCUUGAAAAUAGCCUGCCUAAUUUUCCUACCAAAAUAAAGAGACAUGUUUUAUUUACAACAAAAAAAGAAGAAAAAACGUCACUUGGCAAUAAAACGUUUUAUCCUGAAAUGUAAUGGCCAUGUGGGUAACAGCAUCAUUGUAAAUACUGGUAAGAAGCCACAAUUUUUUUAUUUUUUUAUUUUGAGCAAUUCAUGUAUGUUUAGUCUCCCUGGUUAUUUGGGGGAAAAACAAGUUGUACCCAUUUGUUACGAGCAAUGCAAUCAUUUUUCGUUCAUAAUGGCUGAGCCAGCUGAGUAAAUGUGAUGAAUGUAUUGUUUUUUUUAUUAGGAUAAUCUUUCUGGAAAUACAUUAUGCUGUCAUCUAUUGACCAAUGUGAGCAGUCCAAACACUGUUUUCAAAUAAAACUAUCCAACAUGGUG